ACACGGGAAUACAUCCCGGCGUACCCUUUAGCGACUUUUUUGUUGCUUUAAAUCAACCGCAAGCCGUAUAACGACGUGUGAAGCUGGAAAUGUCAACUCCCUUGGGUUACCGGUCAAUUUCAGAAACAGUCACAAUGCAACCACAACCGCAAGAUGCAACAUUUCUUCCAUUCCAACAACCCGAACAACAAGAACCAAAAAAACCUUGCAAAUGUUGCGUUCCUUGCUGUAUUUUUGCCCAGAUGUGUGCCUGCCUUGCAGAAGUCUGUUUCGCAGUUUGUGAUUGCCGUGAGAUUUGAAAAAAUAACAUUGAAAUAUUGCAUAAAAUAAUUAAAAAAUAUGUAUAUAAUAUUGAACUAAUAAAUAAUUUAUCGUA